AUUCUUCUUUUCUGGUCCGCCCCUUCUCUCUCUAUCUUCUCUCGCCCUUGUCUCUCUCUUUUUUAGCCUUGUCUCUCUUUGUCUCUCACUCUGCAACGCCUUACAAACCCUAGACAAACCCUCUAUAAUUGGAACGUGUAAAGAGGUAUACCCUUCAUGCCUCUUCGUUUACUGUAUUUUCUCUCCUGAAUUUUCCCGAGAAAAUUAAAAUCCGGUUUUAGUUUUGUAGAGUAGAGCAUUUUUAUUUUCCAGGAGGAAAUAAGAGGAUCGGAGGAGCUGGAUAAUGGCAGCGUCGACGACGACCAGUGCCGUGUAUAUCCACGUCAUCGAGGACGUCAUCAACAAGGUCCGCGAGGAGUUCGUCAACAACGGAGGCCCUGGGGAUAGUGUCCUCACCGAGCUACAAGCAAUGUGGGAGAUGAAAAUGAUGCAAGCGGGAGUUAUAUGUGGUCCGAUAGAGAGGGGUUCGGGUCAGAAGCCACCACCACCACCACCACCUCCAAUCACGCCAGUGCACGAUCUUAAUGUACCGUACGAUGGGAGUGAGGAGUACGAGACUCCCACUGCCGAGAUACUUUUCCCUCCAACUCCUAUUCAGACUCCCUUGCCAGGUAGUGCCGAUAACUCAAUGUACAAUAUUCCUACUGGAAACAGCGAGUACCAGACUCCUGUAAGUGAGACCAGCAGCAAUACUGAGGUGAAAGGUGGCAGACCGAGCCCGUACACGCAAUCUCCUUCCCCAUGGACAAAUCAAAGGCCCCUUAGCGUUGAUGUUAAUGUUGCUUAUGUGGAAGGGCGGGAUGAGGCAGACAGAGGUACGUCCCAUCAACCAAAUCAGCCUCACCAGCCCCAUCAGCCCCUGACACAGGACUUCUUCAUGAUGUCUUCUGGGAAACGGAAACGUGAGGAAUUUUCUAAUAAAUAUAACAAUGGUGGAUAUAUUCCGCAACAGGAUGGAGCUGGAGAUUCAAUGCCUGAGACACUGGAGGUAAGCCAUGAAGAGGCUUCUGUUCUUGGCCAUGGAAGACUCACCACAGCAAAUAGAAGUGUUGGUAGGGGAUCUUUGAAGAUUCCUCAAGUGGAUGGUCCGAUUCCUGAUCCUUAUGAUGAUGUGCUUUCUACUCCCAAUAUAUACAAUUAUCAAGGAGUUGUCAGUGAGGACUACAAUGUUGUGAACACACCAGCUCCUAAUGAUAUACAGGCAGGUACUCCUGCGGUUGUUGCUCAAAAUGAUGCAGUAGAUGAUGAUGAUGAGGAGCUCUUGAAUGAAGAUGAUGAUGAUGAGUUAGAUGAUGUGGACCAAGGAGACGAGUUGAACACACAGCAUUUGGUUUUGGCUCAGUUUGACAAGGUGACUCGGACUAAGAGCCGAUGGAAAUGCACGCUGAAGGAUGGCAUCAUGCAUAUCAACAACAAGGAUAUUCUCUUCAAUAAGGCUACUGGAGAAUUUGACUUCUGAUUUUGUUAUGGGAAUGCCUAUUUUGCAAUCAGUUGCAAAUGUCUUAGUCACAAAUUCAGAGGAGUCUUUCGGCAUUCCAUGUUCUACUUUAAUCAUUAUUAAGUGAAAGCUUUGAGGGGAAGGAGAGAGAAUACUUGAUUUAGUGCAUUUUAAUACUGGGUUGGAUGGUUGGCCUAUUGUACAUAAAGGAAGAGCUUUUUCGCCUAAAAAAUGACUGGCUGCUUGAGGUGUUUCGUGAAAUCUUUUAUGAGGAAUUUGAAAUUCCAUUUAUGCUAUGUACCUGGGCAUUUUGGUUGAAUUAUGAAUCGCAGUGUUUGUUUACAUAUA